UGGAAAAGCAUGUCUGCGCUCCAGCCCAGGUUGAUGGCGAGCAGAGCUGUGCUCCAGAAUCGACGAAAGCGAGGGGAGAGCUGGAGCUCCUGAGCUAGGAUCUGGCCGGCCCUGAGGACGCUGCCUCCGCCCCCUCUUCCCCCUUGGGGCAUGCACUGGGGAGGCUCUCUGUAUCCCGCACUAGUGACUAGGAGGAAGGCAUGGUGAAGCCGCUCUGCCGGGCUGGAGAAGUGUUUACUAUUGGAGUUGUGUGGUGGAGGGUAGGCGCAUCCCCACCCACCAGUGGAUCUGGUGAAGCUUGGGUGAGGUAGAGGACUCAACCAUGGAACAGGAUCAAGCCGCAUGUCCCGAGCCAGAAGGAGAAGCAGAGUCAGACAGCAUCACGCCUGACGCUUUCUCCAGGCUCUGGACAGAUGUCAUGGGGAUACUGGAUGGCUCAUUGGGAAACAUCGAUGACCUGGCACAACAAUAUGCAGAUUAUUAUAAUACCUGUUUUACUGAUGUGUGUGAAAGAAUGGAAGAGUUGCGGAAGCGAAGGGUUUCUCAAGACCUUGAUUUGGAGAAACCCGAUGCCAGCCCCACGUCACUACAGCUGCGAUCCCAGAUUGAAGAAUCACUUGGCUUCAGUAGCACGCUGUCAACCCCAGAGACGGAGAGAAAGCUUCGUCUUCACAAAUCAAAUUCAGAAGAAGGCUCCAUAGGAAAAGGGGAUUGGAAAAAGAAAAAUAAAUAUUUCUGGCAGAAUUUCCGCAAGAACCAGAAAGGUAUAAUGAGGCAGACUUCUAAAGGUACCAUUGCAUACGAAUUUUUUUUUUUAUUCUCUCAGAAAUUUACUCCUAAAGGUUCUGUGAAUGCUGUGAAUUAG